CGCCGGCGUCGUGCCCGCAGCCGCUCCCUCUCGCUCGUCCCAUCCGCCCACCCGGCGAUUCCCCUCCCCCCGCGCCCGUUCCCACUCCGCCGUGCUGCCCCGGCCGCCGGCUUCCGUGGCCGGGCUCCUCGUCCAUCCAAACGCCAUCCGCGCGCCCCGCCUCCCGUUGCCGAUCAAGGUGUCAGCGCGGACGUCACCCUGAGAGAUCUCACCGCCGGUCCCCGUGCCGUGCGUGCUUUCCAACUCACUCCACAACAACUAGGCGCAGGCGGAUCAUCGUCAUCCCCAGUCGCCACCGGAGAGGAGGAAAUUUGUUUUAUUUUUCCUCAUUUUCUUUCCUCCCCCUUCCUUUCUCCGGACGCGCCGAUAUAAAUCAUCGGCCAACCACAUCACUCGCCCGCCCAGUCGCAGCACCAGCCGCUCUUCUCGGCAGGAGCGGAAGCGGAGGCCCCCCACCACCCCGGGGACUCGCCACUUCCAUUCCCCCUCCCUCUCGCCGCGCGAGUUCCACCCACCCCACCAACCGGAUGGAGCGCGCACGCCGCCUCGCCAACCGCGCGCUGCUGCGCCGCCUGCUGGCGGCGGCCGGGUCCAACACGUCCCCGGCCCCCUCCCGCGGCAUCUCCACCCUGGCGCCCGCGCCGCCGGGGAAGCAGCGCCCGCGCGCGCGGGGCGCGCACCAGCACGCGCAGGACCGGCAGGUGUCGGCGUCGGCGCUGCAGCCGAGCGACACCUUCCCGCGGAGGCACAACUCCGCCACGCCCACCGAGCAGGCCGCCAUGGCGUCCACCUGCGGGUUCAACACCGUCGACGCGCUCAUCGACGCCACCGUCCCGGCCGCCAUCCGCGCGCCGCCGAUGCACUUCGCCGGCAAGCUCGACGAAGGGUUCACCGAGUCCCAGAUGAUCAACCACAUGCAGCGCCUCGCCUCCAUGAACAAGGCCUACAAGUCCUUCAUCGGGAUGGGCUACUACAACACCCACGUCCCGGGGGUGAUACUGCGCAACCUCAUGGAGAACCCCGCCUGGUACACCCAAUACACGCCGUACCAGGCCGAGAUCGCGCAGGGCCGCCUCGAGUCCCUGCUCAAUUUCCAGACCAUGAUCGCGGACCUCACCGGCCUCCCCAUGUCCAACGCAUCCUUGCUUGACGAGGCCACCGCCGCUGCCGAGGCCAUGGCUAUGUGCCUCGGCAUCGUGAGGGGCAAGAAGAAGACCUUCCUCAUCGCCUCCAACUGCCACCCGCAGACCAUCGACGUCUGCCAGACGCGCGCCGCCGGGUUCGACAUCAAAGUCGUCGUCGCGGACGCCAAGGACUUCGACUACAGCAGCGGCGACGUGUGCGGCGUGCUCGUGCAGUACCCCGGCACGGAGGGCGAGGUGCUCGACUACGCGGAGUUCGUCAAGGACGCGCACGCCCACGGCGUCAAGGUGGUCAUGGCCACCGACCUGCUCGCGCUCACCACGCUGCGCCCGCCCGGCGAGAUUGGCGCCGACAUCGCCGUGGGCUCCGCCCAACGGUUCGGCGUGCCCAUGGGUUACGGAGGCCCGCACGCCGCGUUCCUCGCCACGUCGCAGGAGUACAAGCGGCUCAUGCCCGGCCGUAUCAUCGGAGUUAGCGUCGAUUCCACCGGGAAGCCCGCGCUUCGCAUGGCGAUGCAGACCCGGGAGCAGCACAUCCGCCGGGACAAGGCCACCAGCAACAUCUGCACUGCCCAGGCCUUGCUCGCCAACAUGGCUGCCAUGUAUGCUGUCUACCAUGGUCCUGCGGGGCUGAAAGCGAUCGCUGACCGGGUUCAUGGCCUGGCUGGUACCUUCGCCCAUGGGCUGAAGAAGCUCGGGACAGUGACGGUGCAGGAUCUGCCGUUCUUCGACACGGUCAAGGUCACGUGUUCUGAUGCACGUGCAAUUGCCAAGGAGGCUGUCAAAAACGAGAUGAACCUUCGGGUUGUCGAUAAGAACACGAUAACUGUAGCGUUUGAUGAGACCACCACCUUGGAGGAUGUCGACAAGCUGUUUAAGGUGUUCAACAAUGGCAAACCAGCGAGCUUUACCGCUGAAUCCCUUGCGCCAGAGGUCUCAAGCUCAAUUCCUAGCAGCCUUGCUCGCGGGAGCCCCUACCUAACACAUCCAAUCUUCAACAUGUACCACACAGAGCACGAGCUUCUCCGCUACCUGCACAAGUUGCAGUCCAAGGAUCUCUCACUGUGCCACAGUAUGAUCCCUCUCGGUUCUUGCACGAUGAAACUAAAUGCUACUGUUGAGAUGAUGCCUGUAACAUAUCCCAACUUUGCAAACCUGCACCCAUUUGCCCCUACUGAUCAGGCUGCAGGCUAUCAUGAAAUGUUUGACGACUUGGGCGAUCUGUUAUGCAAGAUCACAGGAUUUGAUUCUUUCUCUUUGCAACCGAAUGCUGGCGCUGCAGGAGAGUAUGCUGGAUUAAUGGUUAUCCGUGCAUACCACCAUUCAAGAGGAGACCACCACCGUAAUGUCUGCAUCAUUCCUGUCUCAGCACACGGCACAAAUCCUGCAAGUGCUGCUAUGGUUGGAAUGAAAAUUGUUGCUGUUGGAACUGAUUCCAAGGGUAACAUAAACAUUGAGGAAUUGAGGAAAGCUGCGGAAGCAAACAAGGACAACUUGGCUGCUCUGAUGGUUACCUACCCUUCAACUCACGGAGUCUAUGAAGAAGGCAUUGAUGAGAUAUGCAGGAUCAUUCAUGAUAAUGGGGGGCAGGUCUACAUGGACGGAGCUAACAUGAAUGCUCAGGUUGGGCUAACAAGUCCUGGUUUUAUUGGAGCUGAUGUUUGCCACCUUAACCUUCACAAGACAUUUUGCAUUCCACAUGGUGGAGGUGGUCCUGGAAUGGGACCUAUCGGUGUUAAGAAGCACUUGGCAUCAUUUUUACCAUCUCACCCAGUGAUUCCCACUGGCGGCUUUCCCCUCCCUGAGAAAACCGACCCGCUUGGUACAAUUUCUGCUGCUCCAUGGGGAUCUGCUUUGAUUCUGCCAAUUUCCUACACAUACAUAGCCAUGAUGGGCUCACAGGGACUUACCGAUGCUUCAAAGAUUGCGAUCUUGAAUGCAAACUACAUGGCGAAACGACUAGAGAAGCACUACCCAGUUCUGUUCCGCGGAGUCAAUGGAACUGUUGCCCAUGAAUUCAUCAUUGAUUUAAGAGGGUUUAAGGCGACCGCUGGUAUUGAGCCAGAGGACGUAGCAAAGCGCUUGAUGGAUUAUGGAUUCCAUGCACCAACUAUGUCAUGGCCUGUUCCUGGCACACUUAUGAUUGAACCCACUGAAAGUGAGAGCAAGGCUGAGCUAGACAGGUUCUGUGAUGCUCUUAUCUCCAUCAGGGAAGAGAUUGCAGAGAUAGAAAAUGGCAAAGCAGAUACGCUCAACAAUGUCCUGAAGGGCGCUCCUCACCCACCCCAACUCUUGAUGAGUGACACAUGGAGUAAGCCGUAUUCCAGGGAGUACGCUGCAUUCCCUGCGGCAUGGCUCCGGGGUGCCAAGUUCUGGCCAACAACUGGUCGUGUGGACAACGUGUACGGGGACCGCAACCUCAUCUGCACGCUGCAGCCAGCGUCCCAGGUGGCGGAGGAAGCAGCAGCCGCUACUGCGUAAUCUUGUUGGAAUCCCGGCCGCAGCGUGUGAAACAGCCUCAAGAAACCGUAAUGCUUCCUGUAGGAGCGAGGCAUCCUCUCCUCUUCGCCCUUUCUGCAAUGUAUAUACUGCAUACUAGCGCAUGGCAGCUCCUGCUCCCCCCACAGCUGCCUCCUGUAAUUCUGUACUUCAUUGCCUCUCCAUUCCCCAUUUAAAAUCAAAAUUAGCUUUUAUUGACUAGA